UGUUUCUUAUCUGAGUGAGAAGGACUCUUGUAUUAGUGUGCUGCUUCUCCUCUCUAGUCUGUUUUGGCUCUGUUUUUUAGCUAGAGACAACUGUUUCUUUUUCAACCGUUACAGAAAACAUAUGCAAAAAUGCAUCUUUACUUUCACUACCCUUCUGCAUUCUGCAACAUAUGAAGCUCAUUCGUACCUCUUCCUUGUGUAAUGGUUGUGUAUUUCCAUCCUCCAAUUUUCUUACCUGGGGAUAGUUCGUUUUUCUUUAUUCAUAUGCAUCUACUAACCUCCAAUGUUUCUUCUACUGUACUACAGGAUUCUUAUGGAGGCUACAUGGUUGCAUUUGCUGGUCGGAAAUAUGCUGCUAGGUCUUUGCCUGCUUUUGUUGCUAAUAAUACAUUCACUGUAACAAGCUUUACUCUGGUACUUGAAUUCAAAAAGGGUAGGCUGGAAAACUUGUAUUGGAAGAGAGAUGGCUGCUCGUCUUGCUCAGGCAACUCUAACUUUGUGUGCCUCAACGAUCAGGAUUGUGCUAUCAGGACUAACAACUGCAAGAAUAGAGGUGGUAAUGUUGAUUGUAGCCUGGGGAUACAACUUACAUUUUCUGGCACUGAUAAGCAUGAAUCUGUUUUCAAUUCAUGGUUUGAAGUGAAGAAUCUUCGCCAGUACUCUCUUUAUGGCCUAUAUUCCAAUCUCAGGAGUUCUCUCACAGAUCAAUACAACAAAUUCUUCUGAUUGUUUUUUAAUGUUUGUAUGUAGAGUUGUAUUUUGUAAUUUACUUGUUUUAAAGUGCCUUUUCUUACAUCCCGAGUGUUCUCUGAAUAUUUUGAUGGCUUUGUAAUUUGUUUAUAUACUUGUAUCCAUGUGGAGAUCAUUUGUCUACAGUUCUCUUUAUAUUUUGUCUAAACUUCUGUUUUUAGUGUUUGGUUAA